GAAAGUCAAAUUUGUAUUUUCUUGGACUCCAGGAUUUUGUCCCUGUGGGGAUAAUGAGAAAAGCCAUCUCCAUGUCUAAGGAUGAGGAGUGGAAGAGAAUGCGAACCUUGCUGUCUCCCGCCUUCACCAAUGGAAAACUCAAAGAGAUGUUCCCCAUCAUUGAACAGUAUGGAGAUAUUUUGGUAAAGUACUUGAGAAGAGAGGCAGAGAAAGGCAAGCCUAUCCCCAUGAAAGAAGUGUUUGGGGGCCUACGGCAUGGAUGUGAUCACAAGCACAUCAUUUGGUGGGAGUGUUGAUUCCCUCAACAACCCAAAGGAACCUU